GCGCUCUUUGACUUCCUUCCGGUGACCACAGUGGAUGGCCAGCAGGCCUUCCUUCCCCGACCAGGAGGGGCGCCGCUGAACGUUUGCAUUGCCGCGUCCAGGUUGGGAGCCAAAGUUAGCUUCCUCGGGGCACUCUCCUCUGACAUGUUCGGAGAGGAGCUCUACAAAACACUGGCCGCUGAUCGUGUUGAUCUCAGCAUGGUCCAGCGACUCCCAAACCCAUCAACCUUGGCCUUUGUGAGCAAACCUCCGGGUUCAGACGUGCGCUACGCGUUCUUUAAGGACAAUGCCGCAGACCGGAUGCUCACUGCAAGGAGCGUCGGCGAGCUUCUGGGUGCGAAAUCCUUCGGUGGACUCCACAUGAGCUUGGGCGCAGUGACGUUGGAAGAUUCGACUAUGAGAGAGGCCUUUGAGGAAGCCUUUCGCCGAGCGCACAAAGCUGGAGGCCCGAUGAGCGCACAGACACGCACAGGCUUUACAUCCUUCGAUCCCAAUCUGCGUGGGCCGAUGGUGAAGAGCAGUCCAAGCGCUUAUGCCAAGCGUGUGGAGGACUUCAUUGGGCACUGCGACCUGGUGAAGUCGUCGGACGCCGACGCGGAGUUCUUGUAUGGUGCUGAUUGCGAUUUGGAGGCGAUUGCAAACAAGUGGCUGCAGAAGGGAGCCAAGCUGGUGAUCAUGACGCGUGGUCCAGAUGGGGCCACGGCUUACUAUCGGACCCCCUCCGGGAAGUUCACAUCCAUGAGCGCCUCGCCACCCUGCACGUCGCCGAAGACCAUCGACUUUGAGGGCAAUCCAGCUCCAGUGGCUGACACCGUGGGUGCUGGAGACACCUGCAUGGGCUCCUUGCUAUGCUCCUUCCUGGGCGAGGUCCACUCCACGGAGUCGCAACUGUGCCGUGCGCUGUUGGACCAUGCGACGGUGGGCGAGGACCCCAUCGCCCGGCUAAGCCCCUUUGCGUUGGCGAAGCUGGCGUUCCGCCAUUGGAAGCCCAGAUGUUUGAGGUGGGAUUCAUUGACCUUCCCGGUGCCUACAAGCCAACAGCACAUGUGA